AUGUCGAAAUCAGGACACCGUGAUACUGUAUCCCAUGUUUCUCACAUCGCGCAAAGUUAUUCUGAUGUUAAAAACAAAGAACAACCUCAUGAACUUCACGAUAAAUACGUUCAUCCUUCUGCAAAUCAUGAUCCUAAAUUACCCUUCAAUCCAAAAAUGGCCAUUGAGCGAGAAA